AUGCAAAUUGCUAUAGAAUUUGGGUAUAAUAAUACCGCUUUCCUAUACGAGCCAUUUUACAUGGAGAAAAUUGGCAAAAAUGUUCGAAAAUUGGAGCUUUUCGGUGCGACAAAGGCGCACAAGCCUUUGGCCUUCGAGGCCAUUCUAGGCGUUGCGUUGUACAUAUUCCAGGAGAAUCCUCUCAACUCAACAACACCGGUACCUAGUCCGCGUGGGGGCACAGAAGCAGACAAAUCCGCAUCUGCAGCCUUUUUGGAAUGCUUUAUCCAGUGCGAUGACUUGGUAUUUCGCGCCGAGUAUGAUCCCUUACGUCAGGUAGGAGUCCUGCUGAUGCCGCACAAUAUCCACAUACAUGGUCGAGAAACGAAAAAGGACGAGAUACUCGCCAUCCAACCAAGCCUCUCCAAUGCGGAGGAUGUGAGGAAGCUGAGGGCUUCGUACCCUAUUAUGUCGAUCGCUACUGGAGUUACUUAUACCUUGGUGGACUUCACUAACAGCCCUAACCUUCUCAACCUUCUGGAAGCCGGUGAACCGCCGACACCCGAACUUGAUACGAGCUGGAAACAGAGGGCCGUUGAUGAAUCGAUGGUCCACCGCCACUACGGUGCGGUGUACUUUGUCCAAGACGAAGCCGAUUUCACUGAGGAACCUUACAUCACCAGUCUCCAUGUACGGGUGAUCCAGGACAGUGUUGAACAGACUGCGACUGCCGGCGCCUGUUCCACCCUUGCAGCAUACUUGGCGCUGCAGAAGGGAGGAAAUAAUUCAAGCCAUGCAUUUGCGAUGAAGCAAACCACCACAACGGGCCGAUCGAGCCAACUGUGCUUACAGAUCGGGCUGGAUGAGAACGGCACAAGCGUUAAGCGGAUCGUUCUCUCUGGACGUUGUACCCUGAUCAGUCGAGGUACAUUAAUGUAG